GAUUGUGUAGACUGCUGCAGCAGGCUGGCUGGGUGCAAGGUUGAUAGGGUAUUUUGCAUCACUUGGAUAGCAAGGGUAGUUGAUGCUACAAGGAAAGUUAGGUGAGGGAGAAGUGAGAGGCGCGAAAGUAGUGACGGAUGCGCUGGUGUGAUGCAAUGCUAAGCCACAUGCCACCCAGAAGACGAACACUGCACCAGUCUGGCCACAUGUUUAUUACCAUAGUUGGCUACAUGCUGGUCUAACAAGUGGAAGAAAUUACCUGUGAAAUACUGGUAAAGCUGAAGUCUCUUGAAAGUUGUUGGAAAUGCGCUAGUAUGACAGCACCUUAAGACUUGAAUCGUUCAGUCAAGAGACUAAGGAACAGCAGUUAUCCCCAGUACUGGUGGCAGAGAUGUUUGCCCUAUGAUGUAGCAGAGAAUGCUUUACUUCUGCCCCACUUGUGCCAACCUCCUGAUUGUGGAGGAAAGUCCACAGGGCAUGCGAUUUUCUUGUGUUACCUGCCCCUAUGUCUUCCCCAUCAAGAGGUGUGUCUCCUACAAGAUCUAUCCCAAACUAAAGGCUCUGGAUGAUGUUCUCGGAGGUGCUGCUGCCUGGAAGAAUGUAGAUUCCACUGAUGAGCCGUGUCCCAAGUGUUCCCACCCAAGAGCUUAUUUCAUGCAGGUGCAGACAAGAUCUGCUGAUGAACCAAUGACCCUCUUUUAUAAGUGUUGUGCCCCAGCGUGUGGUCAUCGGUGGAAGGAAUAAGAC